AGUCUCCCAAACUAUGGAAAAGUGGGUAGGAAAGGUAGCCCUAGUGACCGGCGCAAGUUCCGGCAUUGGACAGGAUGUGGCUCUCGCGCUGGCCAACGCCGGCAUGGUGGUCGUCGGUAUAGCCCGCCGUGCCGAACUGGUAGCGCUUCUCUCGACCCAGGUGACGGGCUCGGGUAAAAUCUACGCCAAAAAGUGCGACGUUGGCAGCGAGUCGGAGAUCAUGGAGAGUUUGCAGUGGAUUCGUCGCGAGUUCGGUGGAGUCGAUGUGUUGAUAAAUAAUGCGGGCAUUUUUCGGUACAAUUUUAUCACCCAGAGUGAAACGACCGAUUUUAGGGAUACUUUCAACGUGAACGUACUGGCCACCUGUAUCUUCGUGCGGGAAGUGAUCAAAGACAUGAAGGAACGGGAGUCAAAGGGCCAUAUCGUGCUGCUGAACAGUCUGCUGGGAAAGCGCGUUCCAGACGUUUCUGUGCCGGUGUUCGGGGUUUAUCCCGCUUCCAAAUACGCCUUGGUCGGGCUGGCGGAAGUACUUCGUCAAGAGUUGAACUUUUUCAAGCUACCUAUAAAACUAACGAGCAUCCACCCGGGAAUGGUCCAAACCGAUAUGAUCAAAGUGUUCGAAUCGCAAUUGGCCGAACGGCUGCCCAAGCUACAAGUGAAGGAUAUUACCUCGAGCAUCAUACAUUGCCUCGAGACUCCACCACAUGUGCGCAUUGACGAAAUCACAUUAAUGCCUGCCAUGUAAUAAUCGACCAAACAAAGUUUAUUGUAGCGGAUUAAAUAAAACAUUCUUUCGAACACUGGAAGCCUUGUUGAUAAUUUUUCACUCCCAAUAAAUUUGAUCUCGCGUAGCAGACCUAAAAAGAGAUCAAAUUGGAUUAAUUGACAGCAAUCAAUGAAUCCACUCGCUGCUGGAUUAAAUAAUUGGCGGAGUAUCUGGCUGUAACUUCCGUAUGACAGCAGCCGGGCGGUAAAAUGCAGAUAAAUAGGGCAUCAUAACCUGCACUAGAGUCGAGGUAUUCCAUGUAGUUACUAAUCCUUUAAAACAAUGCGCGUGCAUAUAUAAUGCGGAAUUUUGAAAUCACAUAAAAUCUGAGUUUAAUCCAAGCGGAAGCAGGAUAUUCUAUCUAUAGGAAUACUAUCUAAGCGACAUUUUGAUAGUUAGUAAAGUGUCAUUUAUAACAGUGCUCGCAGUUGGUAGUACAUUCCGGUUCAAUCUGCCACGUUAAUAAAUGCUCG